ACUUCCCACGGAUUUUUAUUUCAUUCAUCGUCAUCGAUGCAAAAAAAAAUUAGAAAUGAGUGUUAAUUUAAAUAAGAAUAAAGCUCAAAUUUUAGAUGCAUGGAAGAAAGUGACUGAUAAUGAAGAUGGAUAUGAUUGGGCUCUUUUUGGGUACGAAGGAAAGUCGGUAGAUUUGAAAGUUGACGCAAUUGGAUCGGGUGGAAUUGAGACCGUAGCGGAGGAAAUAAACGAGGGCAAGAUCCAAUAUGCCUAUGUUAGAGUUCUUGACCCAAACACCAAACUUGUGAAAUUUUUAUUAAUUAAUUUUCAAGGAGAAGCUGUUCUUGACUUGGUACACAAAGGAACAUGUUCGAAUCACAUUCGGGACAUAACAAAGUUUCUGAAGAAUCAUCUGACAAUCACUGCCUCAAACUUAGAUGAUUUGGAAGAAGAAGCAAUUUGGAAAAAGAUGUCGAAAAUAACAUCAACUUACAACUUUCAAGAUCGUGCAAUACCAACCGAUGAAAAGUUUACUGUCGGAACGAAUUAUUCGAAAGUCGUUCCGACUAAAGAAAUUAACGUAACGAAACGUGAUGAGUUUUGGAAAAAUGAGUCAGAAGUUGAGAAAGCAAGGAAGGAUGCCGAGUUGGAAGCCAAAAGACUUGCUAAUUUAAAACUUGAAGAAGAGCGUUUGAAACGAGAACAAAGUGAACAUUUGAAACGUGAGCAACAAAAUAAAGAACCUGAAGUUAAGAAACUUGCGCCCACGCCCAUCAUUAAGCCAGUUUCACCUGUUAAGACGGUUGAAAAGGAUGAAAUUUCGCGACCAUUAGCAGAAGAGUUGAGAAUGGGAAGACGAAAGGAAGCUCAAGAAUUGAUUGGAAAUCGAGUGAAUACAGCCAAGGCAAUGUUUCAACAACAAGCAGCUCAAAGUGCUACUCCCGUAAGUUCAGCUCCACCAAUGAAACCAAUAAGAAAGACAAUACAAAAGGUUGAACCAGAAUUGGUUCCAGUUGAAGCAGCUCCAGUUGUUAUUCCACCUAAUACAAUCAAUAUUCCUUCAAGUGAACCAGAAAUUAUUCCAACACCUUUAACUAAUGCUGAAGAAGAAGAUCACGAACAAUUUUCCACUAUCAAACGUUCUCCGAAAACUCCAACGUCGCCUGAUGAUAAGAAACGCGAUAACGACUUUACAAUAUCAACUGAUAACGGAACUAAUCAUAAACCAAUCGAUGUUGCCCCACAACAAGUACAGCAACAACAAGAACAACAUAAUCAACAAAUUAAAACUUCAAUGCUUUCAACUCCUUCACAGCAAUUGCCAGGAGAUGGCACUUCACCAGAAACAGAGCUUUUGAAGGCAAUCGCGCUUUAUGAUUAUCAAGCUGUCGAUGAAACUGAAAUAUCUUUCGAUCCAGGUGACAUCAUUACGCAUAUCGAUCAAAUUGACGAAGGCUGGUGGCAAGGUUUCUCGGAAAGAUUUGGAACUUACGGACUCUUCCCAGCUAAUUACGUUGAACUAAUUAAUUAAGAAACUCGGCAAUUCUUACCUUUCAAAGCACUUAUUAUACGUCAGCAACAAGUUGGUAUAACCGCAUGUUACUGUUCUAAAAUUCAUUAUUAAAAGUAUUUUAAUUCAAAAUUAUAUUAAAUGAAAAAAUUAUUUCAAUCAUUUGAUUCUUUAUUUGUCAUCGUAAAUUUUAAUAAAUGUUAAUUCCAAUGUAAUCACUAAAAAAUCACUUUUUUCGUUCAUAUUUGAAUUUAAAAAUUGGAUUUGAUGAUUUGGUGACUCUCAGGAGAUCUUUUGAUUUGAGAGUUCGUCGUUCUGCCCUUGAAAGAUUCUUAAUUUCCAUUUUUCGCUGCACUUUCGCUAGCUCACGUUCACGUUCGAUUCGUUUUUCAAGUUCCUUGUAGGAUUUUUCUCGUUCUUGAUUUAACUUCUUUAUUUGCUCCUCAUCGAUAUCAAUCUUGAUUUUAUCUAAGCUUUUUAAUUUGAUUCGAUUUGUUUUUCGACCAACCAGCGCUGGAUGAGUUUGAAGUCGUUCAGCCAAAUCGAAAUUUUUAAGU